CGUAAUAAGCUUCCCCACCGAUCAGGCCAGCUGCAGACUAAAAAUGGCUUUGGGCCUGUUUGGGUAACCUAGCGGUUUCAUCAUCCCCACCCUCAACUCGGGACAAGCAACAAAAAGAGGUACUACUAUUAGUACUCCAGAUCUCGAUUGAUCCUUUUGAUUGGUUCCCAGCAGCGGAGAAUAGUGGGAAGCUUAGACUCUCCUCAUCUCUUCAUCUUCUCUUACUGACCCAGCUAUUUACCUCUGAUACUCACUUGCUGUAUUACAUUGGGCUGAUUGCCUACACAAGUAGGUUAGGCAGUUGUGGGUUAGGUAGUAGGUAAUAUCAGGGAGGCUCAGUAGGGUCACCGAUAGCCCCCAAUGCUACACAGUAUAACCUAGAGCUAUGCUAUCAUGAUCCCUAUCCGGUGGUUCGGGAAUAGUAGCACCAGGAUCAAAUUUCUCUCUGGACCCUCUUUGCGCAUGAAGUCGUAUUCCACAGGCCCGCCGCAGAUCCAGGCGCAAUGGCUGCGAAGGGUGCUUAAUGACCAUAACGAGCCCCCCAGACUAUAUGCUUGGACACUGGCAAAUCUACCAAGCGGCCACAAGUUGUCAGAGGAGACACAGAGCCGAAAUGACGAUGAGAGACGUCGCAUAUACAUCUUAGGCAUCGGCAACAUUGGCCGUCUAUACGCGAGCUUCCUCGCCAACAACUCCAGCCGACCCCCCAUCACCCUCGUCGUCCACAAGAGGGAGCUCCUGGAGCACUGGCGCUCGGAUCCCGGUAUCGAGCUCGUGCGCAACAACGGCGAGAUCGGCCGGAAUGCCGACUUCGAUAUCGAGUGGUGGACCGAUGCGCGGCCGAGCCUGGGCCCGGUCAAGGAGCCGGCCGGGGAGGAGGAGAGCGGCGGCGGCAGUAGUAACAGCAGCAUACGCAACCUGAUCAUCACGACGAAGGCCACCGAUGCCAUGCCCCAGGUCGACAAGCUUCGCCGAUACCUGAGCGCCGAGUCGACGGUGGCGUUCGCCCAGAACGGCAUGUGCAAGCUGUGGCCACCGAUCGGCGAAGCCUACAUCACGGCCCGGUUCCCCGCCGGCACGGGCCCCGAGUGGCUCGCAUGCGUGACGACCCACGGCGUCACGUCGCUCGGCCCGUUCCGGAGCGUCCAUGCGUCUCCGGCGGACGUCAUGCUCGGGACUGUCAGAAGAAGAGAAAGUGACGGAGAUGACGUGUCCGGGUCUCACUACCUAGCCGAGCAGCUCACCAAGGCCCCGGGUCUCGCUGCCCGGGAGGUCCCCACAAGGGAGCUGUGGGUCGCGCAGCUCGAGAAGCUGGUCAUCAACUCCGUCAUCAACCCGCUGACGGCCGUGCUGCGGUGCAAGAACGGUGAGGUCUUCUUCCCGUAUAGUGCCGAGGAGGAGGACGGGCUGACAGGGGUGAUCGACUUGCUGCUGCAGGAAGCGAGUCGGACGCUAAGCGCGCUAGUUCUUCGCCCGAGCAGCGACGACAUUCUCCUCCCGCCGCCAAAUGAAGGUGGUGAUAAGGAUCGUCUAAGUCUAAGGGAUGCUACGAGAGAGGAGCUCCUAGAGCGAUUCGCCUUCGCGCGACUAAAGACGAUGGUAUAUGCUGUGGGUGAGAAGGUGAAGGAGAACACAAGCUCGAUGCUGCAGGAUGUGCGGGCAGGCAAGAAGACCGAGGUGGAGGAUUUCAACGGCUGGCUCGUGGAGACUGCGAGGUUCCUCGGUGAUGUGCGCGGGCUGCCGGCUCAUGAGAAGUUGAUCUCGUUGGUUGUGGGCGAGGCGGUGCUCACAAGGAGGGAGCUGUGCGAUGUAUUCUCCCGUGUAGGUGGAUAGGGUAUGUAUCUUCCUAACCUAGGUACUUAGGGGUGAGUGUGUUGCUGUUGGUGCUAGUUGAGUGUACCGCCGGAAACGCCAUCACCUGCCAAAUAUGAAUGACGGGAGAUCGGAGGCAAUCUCUAGUUCUAAAGCUCAGAGAAUUAAUGGGUGAGGUUAUUACUCUGUCUAUGCACAAGUAGGGGGUCUUUGACGAUGGAAAGGCUUGCUCCUCAUGCUUGGAAAGAGACUCUUUGUAUAGAGAAUAGACUGGAGAUGUUACAAAGCAUAUUUAGGUUACUAUUUAGACUUCAUGUCAUUGUUCACUACCUA